GUUUGGUCCGUACCAAAGAGUGUCAAUAUAUAUAUAUGCAUAUCCGAACCCACAGUCAUUCAUCACUCUCUUUUACUUGAAUUCAUUCAUCACUCUCUUAUACUUGAAUCAGAACUAAGGAAUCCUAAGGAAAGAAAUGGCACAGAAAGUGGGACCUUUUGGUGGCAACAAAGGAGAUACAUUCGAUGAUGGUGUUCUUGGCUACACCGGUGUGAAGAAAGUGAUUGUUGGUGAAAAUGGGAACGGUGUUGAUUGUAUCAAGAUAGAAUACGAGAAAGAUGGAACGUUCGAGACACAAAUGCAUGGAAGCGUUACCGGAAUACUCAAGGAGUUUGAGCUUAACUAUCCAGACGAGUACAUCACAUCAAUCCAGGGAACCUACAGCAAUGUUGCGAGAUACAACACAACGAUCGUGAAGACACUGACCUUCAAGACAUCACACGGCAGAACAUCUCCCAUGUUUGGUAACACGGCUAUUUUCUCGACAGAUUUUGUGAUGGAAGGUAAAGCUGGAGCAAAGCUUAUAGGGUUCCAUGGAAGGUCUGGUUCUGCUCUCGAUGCCAUAGGAGCUCACUUUUUCGCGUCGGCUUCUCCUCUAAAGCAUAUAGAACCUCGUGGUGGAUUCGGAGGAAACGCUUGGGAUGAUGGAGUUUAUGAUGGUGUAAGAAAAAUCUCGGUGGGACUAAACUGUGGCAACAUUAGCUAUGUUAGGUUCAAGUAUGUUAAAGGAAGCACAUCGGUGAGGCAUUCUCAUGGCAAGAUGAGCGAAGAACCUAAAGAGUUUAAGGUGGAUUAUCCAAAUGAGUACGUUACAUCAGUGGAAGGGACUUAUAACUUUUGUGGUGAUGUGACCUCGCUAACUUUCAAAACGUCAAAGGGGAGAGUCUCUACUGGGUUUGGAAGAGCAUCUGGUUCGAAAUUUGUACUUGCGGUGAAAGAUCACAUGCUUGUCGGAUUCUGUGGCAGGAACGGUCUCAUUCUCAAUUGCCUCUCAGCACUCGGUGCACAUUUUGCGCCACCAGUUUCGGCAACAGUUGCGCCUGUUCCAACACCAGUUCCAACGCCAGUUGCACCGGUUCCAGCGCCAGUUCCUGCUAAGAAACUAGAAGCAAAAGGUGGAGAUCACGGUGCUGCUUGGGAUGAUGGUUUCUAUGAAGAUGUGAGGAAGAUUUAUGUAGGACAAGGUGAAUCUGGUGUUUCCUUUAUCAAAUUUGAUUACGACGUUGGCAAGAAGCUUGUAGCUGGAGAUGGUCAUGGGAAGAUGUCACUUCUUGGAACAGAGGAGUUUGAGCUUGAUUUUCCAAAUGAAUACAUCGUAUCGGUGGAUGGGUGUUACGAUAAGGUCUUUGGAAUCGAAGCUGAAGUUGUGACGAUGGUUAAGUUCAAAACAAACAAACGUACAUCUCCACCGUUUGGGAUGGAUGGAGGCACAACGUUUGUGUUUGAGAUGAAGGAUCAUAAAAUUGUUGGGUUCCAUGGAAAAGCUGGAGAUUAUGUUCAUCAAGUUGGUGUCCAUGUCUCGCCAAUCUCCAAGUCUUAAAGAGUUCUCUCUCGUCUUCGUGAAAUAAAAAAGCUCUACAAGCUUGUGGCUCCUCCGCUUCUACUAUCUUUAAUUUUGACUAUGUGUUCUUAGGUCGUUGGUUUGUUCGAGUCCUUUGUGAUAUGAAGUUGUCCGUCGUCUCUUUGAAUAAGGUAUCGUUAUUGUUUGGACUAGCCAGGAUCUGCAUCCAUUGACUUGUUCAAUGUUAAAAAUGUAAUAUUAUUCUCUUAAAGUCUAUCUAAUACAUACUUCAGACGUCUCU